AGCAAGAAAAAUGGCGGACGGAUCAACAACAGGAUGAAGAGAACUUUGAUUGGAGUUUUUCUCUUGGUGCUUUUGUUUCUUUAGGUCUCUUACGUUAGAAACAUGCUACAGAUUGGAAACAAGGUGAAGCAUGCGAUUUAUAUCUGUAAAUCUGGAUAAACUUGAAUUUUGUGACUUUUAUAUUGUGGGGCAGGUUCGAUCUGGUUGUGGUCUGUAACAAUUUAUUUACUGAGAUGAAGAUAAUGGCAGAACAGAUAGAUAAAAUAUUCUUCCAGAACUGCAAAGAGAAUAUUGUAUUUCUUUCGUUUCCAAACUCUGUAGGCUGGAACAAUGGAAAAAAGACAGAGGGCUAGUCAGCAGCAUUUUUCUGUUGAUUUGUUGGAAUUUUUUGAUGUAAAUGAUGCUUUGGAUGUUACUUGGGCUCAUGCAGUAAACAGCCAGUCCCACCUUCAGACAGCAUUAUCUACAGAGGUGAUUGUAAUACAUAUAUUUGCAUACCUUACAAAUAGAUUUUAUAUUCCCAUACGUCUGUUGAUGCCCUGCUAGGUAUUAGGGGAUUUUCUCACGUAUGAUGCAUGGGGUGAGGGAAGGGGAUGAGAUGCUUCAGGGUUGGCCAAAGGAGGACAUGUCUUUGGCUGAAGGCUGAAGCCACAGGUGUUAAGAUACCUAGGGUGGUUUCUUCAGUAAUAUUUGAUCAAAGAUGAUGUCAAAAUGUGGUAAGAACAUAAAAAAAGGCACACAAGUCACAGGAGUGUGUCGAUGAUGUUCUCAACACCUUUUGAAGCCUUCUGUGAUCUAUCACUGAACAGACACAAGGCAAGAUGGAAUAUAUUCAUUUUAUACAAUGGAAAAAAAAGAACAUGGACAAACUUGCCUUGUAGUGCUUGAUCAUUAGAGUAUUUUUGCCAGGUUAGCCAUUUUCCACAUGACAAACACUCAGUUUCAUCUCAGCUUCUUUUCUGUCUGUGCAAAAAGUUUAUAAAUAAAUUCCUGAAUUGAAAUUUUAUCGGCCAAUUAUUGUUCUUGUGGAUCCAUAAACAAAAUUCGGUGAACUAAAAAACUUCCUCAGAGUUGAUCUUAUCAUUUAGCGGACACAUUUCUACUCUCCUAACAGCCGCACGAAUGCCAAAAUUCGACGCCGUGUACACAGAAAAACUGGAAAUUUUUUACCUUCCCACAUUGAUUUUUUGUUCAUUUUUUUUACAGUCUAUCGGAAAGUGGAAGAGAAAGUCGUCUACCCCCAAAAAAUGGGUUGCCACCUACCAUUGAAGAAAGUAAAUUGCAAGCGAAGUUAACGCAACGGCUACCAGCCCUAUAUGCCCUUAAACAGUUUUCACAGCGCUCGUGCUCGAUGCAUGACGUGGCAUGAUAUUGCGCUAUGAAUUACGUGCGCAGUAGGGAUGCGCAGAAACAAUUAGCGCGAACGUCCUUAAGUGAGAAGUAAGUGUUAAUGUUGACUUAGGGGAGUGGUAUGUGGGCAGUUUCACAGAAACCUAAAUUGGUUCCUUUUCUUUAGGUUAUGAUGUUAGAGGCGGAUGUAUCCCAGCAGGCUGAUGGAACUCCCAUCAUGGCGCAUCCACCAAGUACAGACAGUGAUCUCUCACUUGUGCAGUUUCUUAAAGGGGCUCUCAACUCACGCAAAGGUAUCAAACUGGAUUUCAAAUCCACAGAUGUUCUUGAACCCUCACUGAAAAUUCUUCUAGAACAAACCUCACAACAAGAAGCCGUUAAUCCAAUAUGGUUGAAUGCAGAUAUCUUGCCUGGCCCUUGCAAAAGUGAUUGUAGUCCUGUCAAUCCAGGGGUGUUCUUUUCACUUUGUACCAAGUAUUUUCCAUCAGCUACUCUCUCUGUUGGCUGGACCACUCAUUUGUUUAUUUCUGUUGAAAAUGACUAUUAUGAAUGGCGUUUUGUUCAGCCAAUGAAAGACUUGCUCUCCAGUGUCACUCAGCCAGUCACUUUCCCAGUUAGAGCUAAUAUGAUUGGCAAGUCAAUGGAACAGAUGAUCUGGCUUUUGAGUCUUUCCAGUAACUACAGCCUAACAGUGUGGUCAGCAUUUUUCGAUAAGCCCAAUAUUAAGGACUUAGUUGUUCUACAAAAUAAAGUGUCCAAUAGCAAAAAGAUCUUUUAUGAUCUCCCUUCAGAUCAGAAAGCCAAAUUUAUGGAAGAACUAAAGGUAAAGAAGACACUAUAA